UUUAUAACAUUUUUGACAGUCGAAAACUUGACACCUGAAGCUAAAGAAGUUGAAGAAGGACUGAUUAUCGCAGAGAUCGCCUGAUGAAAAAGUUGGGAAUUAAUUACAGAAAAUUUUGCACCUCACUCUUUCAUUAAUUGCAUAAAAGUGUGUGGUACCAAUUUCCUGGAAUUGCUGCCAUUCGUGUACUUCAAGUGAUAUCUUUACUAACUGCAUACCAAGAGCUAGAAAAAUGCCGACAAUGCUGGAACGAGACGACAACGGGAACGAAUACGAAGUAGGCGAAUGGGUCCGGUUUGGACUUCGGCUUGGAGUGACCACCGCACUGCAUCCGUUCGAGUACGCCAAGGUGUUAAUGCAGAUUGGAUUUGAGCCGAUUGCUGCCGUACCCGGUCGGACGUUGUUUGGCAAACCUACAAUGGUGCUGCCCAAUGUGUUUCAAUACGCUGCUCAUAUUAAGUAUGUGGACGGUUUUUCGGGCUGUUUCCGUGGAUUGAGUGCUAAAAUUGUCGGAAACCUGCUCAGCGCGCAUUACAGUGAAAAGGUUGCCGAUCAGCUAGGUUUGGCUUCCAUCAAAAAUUCGGAAUCCAAGCAUAAGGCCAAGGACGAGGGAGAUGUCGAACAGGAAUAUGAUGAUGAGCAACUAGAUGAGCAGUUCAAGAAGCAACUGAAACGUAACCUUGUAGUACACACGGCCGGUGUUGUAAUCUCACAACCUUUCCAUGUGAUUUCCAUCCGUAUGAUGGCACAGUUUGUAGGGCGUGAGAAGAUCUAUACUGGUAUGUGGCAAUCGAUCAAAGAAAUCUGGACCCAAGAUGGCCUAUUUGGUUUUUUUGCCGGCUUCAUGCCACGGUUGCUAUGUGAUUUGGGAUGUCUGAUCAUUUCCGCCUCAGCGACUUACCUGGCGAGUAGGUACUUAAUCCGAGAACAGGAGGGGCGUGUUUAUUUUUCGACAAUAUCUCAGUUUGUCGCAUCGAGCAUGUUCUAUCCGUAUCAUGUUGUGUCGACUUGUAUGAUAGUCAAUGGAUCAAGACUGAAGGCUGGCACCUUCCCGAACAUGGAACCUUACCGUGAUUGGCGUGAUUGCUACGCCAAGCUAAAGGCUUCUGGAGAACACAAACGAGGAAAUUCACUAUUCUUUAGAUAUGCUUCACGCCCAUCAAAGCUUUCGUCGAACGUGACAUUUGCCCCAUAUCCGGAAUUGAAAAAGUAUUAAAAAAAUCUUAACUAAAGACCGCAACAAAACUGGUACAUUUCAAAAAGCAAAACUCUGCCAAAUUGCGGUCUCGCAAGUCUGUUUUGUAAUUAUUAUAGUUUAACCCAUUCACUUGUUACAAACUAUGAAGAAAAGACCAAAAACAACGCUAAUAUAACGAAGAAUCGAUAUCGUCUUUAAAGUAACUUAUCUUGAACAUAACCAUGCCAAACAGACGUAAAACAGCGGAUCGUGAUACAUUGCAUUUCUGCUAGCUUUCAAAAAGUUCUCGCUAUCUGCAUUACCUUCGAUUAUGCAAUCCUUAGCUUAGAAUACGGAACUAUCCGCAUCAGUUUUCUUGAUGUUUUGACGCAUCAAAUUUUAUUGUUCUUUUCUUUUGACAUAAACGGUGUUAUGAUUCUUCUCUGCAUUUGUCGUAUGUAAAUAUAGUAAUUGAAAAAGUAAA